UAUUCAUAAUUUUAUCUUCAAUUGUCCCCCAAAAACACUUCUGCCACACAACACAACACUGCAUAAGAUUCAAAGACCAUGCCGUUUCAUUCUGGAUUUCCUUCCUCCUUCCCUUGUUUGCUUUGACUUUCUCCAUCAAAGUUUGCAACUUUGCAAGCCACUGAAGCAACCUUGGUUCUCAAUCCAAGACACAAUCUUCACAUCUAAAUAGCACUUCUUCCUCUUCAAAAUCAAAGCUUGAGUUGAAGCAAUAAGUUUCUGAAGAGUAUCACAAUUUUUCCUCAAUUGGGCAUCAGUCUCUAUUUCUGCUCUUGGGGGAAGGAAUCAGAAUGAGUGGCACCAACUUAGUCUUAAACUUCAGCUGAAUCUCAGCUAUCCAUGAAUCCAGUUGAGCACAAUCUUGUUAAAUUCUGAAAUUUACUAAUUUUGGGCACAGUUGCUGAGGCUUAGGACUAAUUGUGAUUGAUUGGUGUGAAAAGGAGGAAAGGAAAGAGUGACUUUUUUUUUAAUAUUUUGGAUCCUAAAUUUUAGAAGCUGCAUUUGAUCUUUGUAUUUCGGAGCUAUCAAGAUGGGAGGGCAAUCCAGCAAGAUGUUUAGUGUUGAAUCCCCAACACCAAUUAAAAUGGGUACUCAUUCUCUGUAUGCUGCUGACUUGAGCUCCUAUGAAGCUGCAUGUGUUAAAGAUCCAAACUUGCAAUCCUUUGAUGUGAGCAUUCAGGAGCAUACCAAUAGGGUGAUUAGUUCCCUAGCUCAUGGGGUUGAGGUUAGAUCCUUAUCUUUUGAUUCACUGAGAGAAAUGACUGAUAGUCUUCUUGAGAUGAACCAGGAAGUAGUCAAAGUUAUUUUGGAUUGCAAGAAAGAUAUAUGGGGCAACUCAGAAUUGUUCUCCUUGGUGAAUGAUUACUUUAAUAAUAGCCUCCAAACAUUGGAGUUCUGUAACUCACUUGAGAAAUGCUUGAGGAGGGCACGCGAAAACCAGAUGAUAGUCAAGUCAGUGGUUACCUACUUUGAGGAAGAGGGGCAAAAUGGGGCUGACGGGGUGACUUAUGUGAAGACAUUGCAAGAGCUUAAGAAGUUUAAGGAUGCCAGGGACCCCUUUACUGAAGAGUUUUAUUUGUUGUUUCAAUCAGUUUACGCGCAGCAGGCAUCAAUGUUGCAGAAAUUGCAAAUCAGGAAGAGAAAGCUCGAUAAGAAAUUGAAAUCCCUCAAGACAUGGAAGAGAGUGUCAAAUGUCAUUUUUGUGGCUGCUUUUGUUUCUGUGUUGAUUUUCUCAGUUGUGGCGGCUUCUGUUGCGGCGCCACCGGUUGUGACAGCCUUGGCUGCUGCAUUGGCUGUUCCUAUAGGGUCAGUAGGAAAAUGGUGCAACUCUCUCUUCAAGCGCUAUGAGAAAGCUCUAAAGGGACAGCGGGAAGUGAUCAGCUCAAUGCAGAUUGGUACUUUCAUUUCAUUGAAGGACUUAGACAACAUUCGAGUGCUUGUCAACAAAUUGGAGGGAGUUCUAGAAUCAUUAUUGCAGAAUGCUGAUUUUGCCAUUAAAAAUGAGGAUGUUAUGAAGUUUGCAAUCGACGAGAUUAAGAAAAAAAUAGAAGCAUUUUCAGAGACUAUGGAGAAUUUAAGUACUCAUGCGGAUAAAUGCUGUCGACAGAUAAGGAGAGCAAGGACUGUGGUUAUACAAAAUAUAAUUAAAAAACCUGAGUGAGAUCCCUUUGGAAUGUUUCAUUGAUUACUUACACUUUCUCUUGCUGGCAUCUUCCUUUGCUUCAAAUAGGUAGAAUACUUCAGUAAGCUGCUUGCUUAUAAAGAUAAAUGAAUAUAGAACUUGGGCAGAACAUUGCUGUACUUUCUAUGUAUAGAUAUUUGGAUUACAGAUGAUUACAAAUAUGUCUGUUGCUUAGUUGUUUCUGCUUACUCUUUUGCCUGAUGCAAUUGAACAUCAUUGGCUAAAUAAUAAUAAAAUCAUGGCAAGCUCACAGAACAAA